GCUGAAGACAUCUUUGCGCUUGGGGCAAUGACGCAGCUUAUGAGGUCAUACCGAGGCGCGUCAAUUGCUGGUUGAAAACUAUUUCCAAACCCCCUCUUUGGCCCACUGGGCCACUGAGAAUUUCUGGAAGGGCUCCUUUUCCUCGGAGAAGCUACUGAUAAAAGAGUCCCGUGGCUCGCAAGCAGCAAUCUUGAGUCCUGGCCUGGGUCUUCGCUGCCAGCACGCUUGUGGCCAAGAAACGUUGGGGGCAGUUUGGACCUCGGAGCAGCAGCAUCCAUGGCGGGAGAGGAGGCCGGGAGGAGGGGCGUUCCCUCUCUGCUGAACCCGCCGUCCGCUUCCAGCGAGGGGCAGCAGGAGCACAUCGCCUCUGAUGUCACACAGCUCAUCGGAUGGACACCUCUGGUCGAGCUCAAGCGAAUCGCCGCCAAGGAAGGGGUAUGCGCGCGCAUCGUCGGCAAGGUGGAGGCGUACCAGCCUCUGUGCUCCGUCAAGGAUCGCAGCGCUCUGAGAAUGAUCGAAGACGCAGAGGAGAGGGGGCUGAUCUCGCCCGGCACCACGACGCUCGUGGAGCCGACGAGCGGCAACCUGGGGCUGGGCCUGGUCCUCGUCGCCCUCCGCAAGGGCUACAGGUUCGUCGCGGUCAUGCCAGGCCAGUACUCGCUCGACAAGCAGAUCCUGCUGACAUACAUGGGCGCAGAGCUGUACGUAACAGAUCCAUCCCUGGGGUUCCCGGGCAUAACCGCCAAGGUCGAGGAGCUCAAGAAGGAGCUGCCCAACGUGCACGUCCUCGACCAGUUCUCCAACAGAGCGAAUCCUGAAGCGCAUGUUAGAUGGACUGGGCCUGAGAUCUGGAAGGACACCGCCGGUAAGGUGGACAUAUUCGUGGCCGGUUCAGGCUCGGGAGGCACGGUGUCUGGCGUCGGCAAGUACCUCAAGACGCAGAACCCCAGCGUCAAGGUCAUCUGCGUUGAGCCUGCCGAGAGCCCAGUUGUUUCAGGCGGGGAACCAGGCAGCCACAAGAUCCAGGGAAUAGGGCCGGGAUUCAUACCGGAAGUGCUGGACACCUCGGUCAUCGACGAGGCCGUCACGGUGACCACCGAGGAGGCGAUGGCGGGCGCCCGGAGGCUGGCCAGGGAGGAGGGCCUGCUCGUCGGCAUCUCUUCCGGGGCCAACCUGGCGGCCUGCUUGAAGGUCGCGGCGCGAGAAGAGAGCAAGGGGAAGAUGAUUGUCACCGUGUUUCCGAGCGGGGGCGAGAGGUACAUGACCUCCGACCUGUUCGCCGCCGCCAGAGAGGAGUGUAUUGCCAUGACGUUUUGAUCUUUUUUUACCCCCUCCCCCCAGAAAAAAGGGGAAAACAAAUACGCGUGUAUCUUUAUCUUCACAUGGUAUUGGUUUACCAUGCAUGUACAUUUAAAAAUAUUUUUCCCCGAAACGGAAUAGAACAGCUGCGUGCUUGUUUACACAUCAA